AUGGAGUCUCUGCAGCCUGGCGGCGCCUUUCACCCACGGCCACUGUCGAUGCGCCUGGGUGCCCUGCGCUUGCUGCUGCUGGCGCUGCUGCUGGCUGCAGCGGCACCACGCGCUGCAUGCGCCUACAGGCUGCUCUUCAAUCCCCUCGGGGAGCGCACACACAUCCUAGUUCACCUGGAGCUUGCAGCUGAGCUGGCGGCCCGCGGCCAUGACAUCAGCUUCAUAUCCCCCGACUGUCACGUGCCGUUUGCGAAAGCCGUGCUGUCGCAGCGUCGCCCCGGCGCACGGGUCGGGUUUGUCACCUACCCGCUUGACUGCCAGUGGGUCGAGCAGGACAAGAGACGCGCUGCAGAGGCGGGCCCGCUGCACGGCGUUUGGAUGAUAGUCGAGGCGCUGGCGAACAGGACUGAUUAUAUGCUGAGCCACGAGGGGCUGAUGGCGCGGCUGCGCGCGCUGCGCGACGGCCCUGGGGCCAUCGACCUGGUCGUCACAGACAACAUCGCUUUCGGCGCGCUGCUCCCAUCAGCCCUCGGCCUGCCCUGCGUUGAUCUCGACGUCGGCGUUGCCGGCUCCCUGUAUGAGCCGCUGUUCUACGGCGCGCCGUCCGCGCCCGCGUACGUCCCAGCUGUCGGCACGUUUCUCCCGACCAACGGCAUGAGCCUCCCACAGCGCGCCGCCAACGUAGCGGCAACGCUUGCGGCGCAGCUGCUGCUCAAGGCAGUGUACUGGCACCCAGCCAUGUGGGUGCAGAAGCUGGUCAGGAAGCAUGAUCUGCCGCUCAGGUGGCCCUAUGUGCAGCCGAUCUUGGAGCUGGUGAACUCAAAUUUUGUCACAGAGCCGCCGCGCCCCGUCGGGCCCAUCACAAAAUACAUCGGCCCCAUUCUCCCUACCGCAGCCAAGCCACUGCCUCGGGACCUCAGCUCGUGGGUGUCUGGCGCCGGCCCCUUGGGAGCGGUGUUCGUGUCGUUUGGCGGCACCCUCUCCGCCCCGGCCGGCGCGAGCCUCACGGUGCUGCGGGCUGCUCAGCUGCUGCCUGACGUGCGGAUUGUUUGGAAGCUGUCUGAAGACGAGCGGGCGGCGCUGGCGGGAGACCUCAAGGCAGCAAACGUGACCAACGUCAAAGUGGUGACGUGGGCGCCCCAGAACGACCUGCUUGGCCACCCCAAACUCAAAGCGUUCGUCACCCAGGGCGGUUUCCUGUCCAUCGGGGAGGCUGCAUACCACGGCGUCCCCAUCGUCGGCGCCCCCCUGCUUGCUGGCCAGGGAGAGCUCAUACGCUUCGCCGCAGACCAGGGACGCGGCAUCAUGCUGCGCAAGAGCGUCUUGACACGCGGCGACGCCCCCCGCGUCGCGGCCGCGGUCAAAGAGGUCCUCUCCAACCCCUCCUAUGCGCGCGCCGCGGCGGUGGCCAGCGAGCGGCUGCGCGCGGCACGGGUGCCGUAUCGCGCCCAGGCCGCGGACUGGGUCGAGUACGCAGCUGCCCUGAAGGACCAUGGAAGCUUCCUGCACACCCAGGGCCAGAGGAUGCUGUGGUGGCAGGUGUGCUGCCUUGACGUGGCGCUCAUCGCGCUUGCAGUGGUGGCCGCGCCCUGCUGGUGGAUGUAUCGACUUUGGGCAGCUGGGAAGCGCGCAGGCGGCGCAGCGCUUGGUGACGCGGACGAGGACAACGCCGUGCAGGUGCAGCUGGCAUUUCCACCAGGAACCCAGUUGGAAGCUGCCAAGCAGCUGCGGAUGGCCAAGCAGGGGAUCCGUCUGGCGCAGCCGGCUGCUGCAGUGGCAGCUGAUCCAUCAGUGCGGACGCUGACGGCCAGCACGCUGGCGAACGGAGCGCGAGCAGCGACUGCUGCCGCACAGACGCCUGCGCCCCGGCGCAUGUCGCCCCCCUGGCUCUUCCGGCGGCGGCCGCUGACAGGAGAGGCUUGGGCAUGGUCAGGGGCUCGGGUCGCCGAGCGGCAGCAGGAGCAGCCGGCAGGGCGGCGGCGUCUGCACGAGCAGCGGUCGGGGCAAGUGUUGGAUGAGGGGCCAGGAGAGCAAACGUUGGCGUCCCAGCUGGGGCAGCAGCUUUUGUUUGAGGACCGGACUGUGCAUGAUAAAUUUGCAUAG